AUGCAUGAUAGCUUUUUUACUUCACAUCAUUCACGCCUCAUAUUUCUCUCUCUCUCUUAGACUCAGUCAGUCGACACAACAAUGAAACCCUUUUCCAUUUUACUCGUAACCUAUUUGAUUGCCACUGUCUCUGCAACUGCAACCCGAUCCGACCCAUCUGGUUAUAACUCGGUGGAAGCCCAGUCCAAAGCAAAGGCUAAUCAAAACAGCAAGGGAAACGGCGGCGGCGGCGGAGGUGUCGGUGGUGGGUUCUUCGGACCAGGAAAUGGGUACAACAUACCCGGAUUCGGGAGCGGGUGGGGAAACGGUGGUGGGGGUGGUGGGGGAUAUGGAGCCGGGUAUGGAGGACCUGGGGGAGGGUAUUCGAAAGGCGGGACUGUGAGAUCGACUGUCGAAUGUAAGGAGAAAGGGCCUUGCUAUAAGAAGAAGCUGACGUGUCCGGCUAAGUGUUUCUACUCUUACAGUCGUUCCGGCAAGAAUUAUGGGUCCGGCGGUGGCGGAGGCGGUUGCACCAUCGAUUGCAAAAAAACUUGUACUGCCUAUUGUUAAGUUAUCUAACUAUAUAUAAUAUAUGUAUAAUGAUUAGUGAUGUAUGGUGAUCCUUGAUUUCUUGUGUACUUUUGGUUCUAGGAGAUCAAUGCUCUGUCUAUGUGUGUGCGUGUUUUUUUUUUUUGUUGUUGAAAUUUGGUGGGCAGUAGUGAUGAGUGAUGAAUAUCAUGUAUCUUCAUGAUCAGUUGUUGCUUUUUCACCGUUUUCUUUGCCUGCCAUUUGUAUUAUGUCUAUGCCUUAGAUUGUGGAAGAUAUAUUUUAAUAAUAAUAAACUACUAUUAAUAA